GCCGCGAGUCAUAUCAAAGGUCUGCCGCCACUCCCGCGAUUUUUUUCCCUGUCUCGAGACGUUUUUUUUUUUUGUCGAUGAACUCCCACAGUUAGCUCGAGUCUCCGUCCUGCUAGCUUAACGAGCUACGUCAACACAACAAACAGACGCGGAGCCACAGAGAGAAGGAGAGGAACGAGUGAAGAGGAGUGGUACCCACACAUGAACGACUCUCAAACUCAGAGGCCUCAAACUCUCAAACAGCCACACAGACACUCACCUGAGCAGAUCCGGAUCCUCUCCUCUCAAGGACCAGGUUCCGCCACAGGCCCCCCUACUCUCUCCAGCACCUAUCACACCGCGGACAACUAAACUGUUGUGGAACUUCUGCUUUUGGCAUCUUUUACCUGGCAACAUCGGUGCGCACCGCAAUUACGCGCGACUUUUCUGGAGAGACAGCAGCAUCACUGCACGGGUCUUGAUAAGUCAGCCUCUGUGAUUAUUGAAUGUUGUUGAAAUCAUAGGCUGUGGUUGAUUUAGGUUGUUUUUGUGCUUUUGGUUUGGGUAGAAAAGGCCUGACAGGUGCGCAAAGCUGCUGCGUUUUUACGCGCCAGGUUGUAACAGGUGUGAAAGCGCACGGUGUUCUCAGCAGUUAGACGGUACUGAGUCAGAGCAGCGGCACUAAGAUAGACGAGGAGAAGGCAGGGAAGAGAAUAUCAAAAACAACAACCAAGAGACAAACAAACAAGGGUAAAAGAAAAACACAGAGAGGGAGGGAGUGACUGGAAUAAAGGGUGAGAGAGAGAAAGAGAGAGAGAGAGAGAGAGAGACACCCCCCUGGAGACUAGCUAGGAGACCCGGCCCCCGGUCUGAGAGAAGGAGAGAGAGAGUGAGGGAGUGAGGGAGUGUUUUAAAGCCGGCAGGAGGCAUGAUGUCCUACAUUAAGCAACCCCAUUACGCCGUGAACGGGUUAACGCUGUCCGGCCCGGGCAUGGAUCUGCUCCACUCCGCCGCCGUUGGAUACCCCAGCACCCCGCGUAAACAGCGUCGGGAGCGCACAACCUUUACGCGCGCACAGCUGGACAUCCUCGAGGCGCUGUUUGCCAAAACCCGCUACCCAGAUAUCUUUAUGAGGGAGGAGGUGGCCCUUAAAAUCAACCUGCCGGAGUCCAGAGUGCAGGUCUGGUUUAAGAACCGUCGUGCAAAGUGCCGCCAGCAGCAGCAGCAGAGCACCGGCCAGUCCAAACCACGGCCCCCUAAAAAGAAGGCGUCCCCUGCUCGAGAAGCCAACACUGAGGCCAGUGCCAACCCCACCAAUGGACCCUACAGUCCUCCACCCCCUCCUCCGGGCACCGCCAUCACCCCCAGCUCCAGCUCGGCCAGUGCCACUGUAUCCAUCUGGAGCCCGGCCUCCAUCUCCCCUCUGCCGGACCCCCUGUCUGCCUCCACCACCCCCUGCAUGCAGCGCACCACCACCUACCCCAUGACCUACACCCAGGCCCCAGCCUACAGCCAGAGCUACGCAGGCUCCUCCUCCUACUUCACAGGUCUGGACUGUAGCUCCUACUUGUCACCCAUGCACCCGCAGCUGUCUGGCACCGGAGGUGCCCUUAGCCCCAUUACAGCCUCCUCAAUGGGUGGGCCCCUCAGCCAGUCUCCUGCUUCCCUCUCAUCCCAGGGCUACACGGCCGCAUCGCUGGGCUUCGGAGCUGUCGACUGUCUAGACUACAAGGACCAAGCUGCCUGGAAGCUCAAUUUCAAUGCCACUGACUGUCUGGACUACAAAGACCAGAACUCCUGGAAGUUCCAGGUGUUGUAAAUACUAAGAAGUGUGGGGCGGGGAGGCAAGGGGAAGAAAUCAAACAAAUCAAAAUGGGUUGAGAAACUUAAGAAAGCUUUUGGUGUGUUAAAGGAAGAAGAUGCUUUGGGAUGCAGAAUGAAGUGAAUAAGAUGAGUUGAAGUAAUCAGCUGAAAUCAUGUCUUCAUUGAAGCUGUUUCACAAACGUGAAUGGAGCUAAAGAGAGCGUUGAUGUGUGGCUUGAUUGUAACAAAGAUUACUGUAGUGUUUCAUAGUUAAACAACAUAAGAAUCAGUUAUGAAAUCAACGAUCUGCUGAGCAAAACAGACAAGAUUUCAAUUUCUGUACAAUCAAAUCCUGUUAGUGAGAGAGAACAGCAACUCCAAAUUACUGUGAUUGUAAAACAGGUUAAUUUAAUGACUGAUGGAGAGAGACUGAAGUGGGAACAGAAGACAUGCAGGAGUUUUGGUUUCAGAUAUGCUUUAUCUGUCUGAUUGAUUUGAUCUGAUAAAGCUUCAGUCAGAAAAUGUUUGAUCGGUCUUGUCUGACUACAUUUGAAGCACAUGCCACAACAGAACAGUGCAGUGACCGACAUGUUUACCACAUAGGCAGCCUUGAAAUCGACGUAUCCAAGAGCUCAUGUUUAUUUCUUCCUUCUAGACUUUGUCUUGUAUUUUAUUGUGAUGUUUUUUUUUCUAAAGCUGCUCUUCAUCAGCAAGCUGACUCAAAAAGAGCCAAACGACUCCUCUUACCCAGACUGACAUCUCUGCAGGGUGCGUUUACAGGAUGGCCACUGAUAAAAUACCACGCUGAAUAUGUUUGGCAGGCAGACGCUGAUGACUCCCAGUAGCCUUGUCUGAUACGGACCCUCUGAGCAGGGGGGGUAGAGUUGGUCACAGAGGUGACUGCAGUACAAACCUGUUGCCUUUGAGCAUGGUUGAAAUCAUUAGCAGAUUGGCUCGUACAUUGUUAGUUUAAUAGGAUCACUUCCAGGCAAUUUGGGCAACAAUGGCCGCUUUGUGGCGAUUGGCAGCCGUGACCCCCUCCCCCCUUCAUCUCACUGUGUUUGCACGAGGGGAGCAGAUUGUUGAAACAGUCACUUGUAGACUUUAUUAUGAACAUGUUUGCUGAUAAACUGCUUCGGUGAGGUGUUUGAUGGGAGAGAAGACCGCACCAGAGAAAGGGAAGGGUCGGGCCGCCCCGUGGCCCCCCCUUUGCACAGAGAGUUUGGUGCCUCUCUCAACUCCAACCUGUAAAGAUGUGAUGGCUUCCACUUUAUGUGUUUGAUGUAUUUUGAUUUUUUUGUAUUAGAUUUAAACAAUUUUAUGUUUCUUUUAAAAAUUUGUGAAUUCGUUGAGGUAAAAAUUGUGUUAAUUUGUCUUGAAGUUGAUAUUAUCAGUAUUAUCAUCAUUAAUAUUAUGUCUUCAGCUGACAUGGACAUUGCUAAUAAUGUUUUUUGUUGUCUUUUUUUUGUAAAUAUUAAAAACUUGAAAAUGCAAUCAUGUCUGGUAUCAGCACUGAGCUGAAUACGCAGACGCUCCACCCUACACAAUCUCUCUUAAUUUCUAGAAAACUGCCAACUUUUUAUUUUUCUCUGUUUAUAUUUUUCUGGUUUCUGCUUCUUCUUCUUCUUUUUUCAAACUCAGGGGUUUAUCCAAUAAAAGUAGCAGUAAUAGGAUACAAUGCUGUUUAUGCUGACUGUACUUUUGCAUUACUAUAAUCUUCUCUGCUUAUUUUUCUGACAUGAAUUAUUUUGUAUGUUUCAUUCGUCUCCCGUGUUUGACCAGUCUCA